AUGUCUACAGAUGGACACAGAGAUGAAUCUGUUCACUUGCCAUAUGGGGAACAGCAGGGCAGCUUCAGGGGUGUCAUCGCCUGCUCCAACCGCGACGAUGGCUUCUUCAGUGGUGAGAGCAAUUAUGUGGACUACGUCGUGUACACUGGGUUUCGUUAUCAAUGUGUAGAGUAUGCCCGCCGAUUUCUCCUCCUUACCACUGGCUGCAUCUUUGGACCGUGCCAGCGUGCGUCUGAGAUCUUCGAUAUGAGGAUCAUUACCCAUGUUGAGACGGGCACAACGUAUGAUUUCGUGCCACACCCAAAUGGCAAGUCAACGCGUCCACCCAAACCUGGCGAUAUUAUAGUCUACCCGUACCAUAAAAAGCACCUUCCGUGGGGGCAUGUUGGUGUUAUUUCCUACGUUGGUAAUGGGAGGGUCGGCAUCGCGGAGCAGAAUCAGUUCUUCUCGCACUUCGUUUCCCCCGAUCCAAACUACCUUGACGGGGAGCGCUGCGUUAGUCGGUACAUCAACCUCGAGCAGACUGACGACGGCUGCUGGUUUCUUAGGGAGGUGGAGGCCGGUAUGGUGGACUGCCUUGGGUGGAUGUCGUACCCGGGCGCUCCGCAACGCGAGGUGAUCCACGAGACGGUGCGCCCCCUUCCCGAGCAGAAGAGUGUGCGAGAGUCUCCGGUGGAAGAAGAGGACCAUCCCUGCAUUUGGCACUUUACGCUGCCAGAAGAUGUGCGCGGUGUUCGCUCUCUCUACACAUUCUACCGUGGCACUGGUGAGGCACUGACGGGCACUGUAACCGCCCUCUCCCGCAUUCUCCGAUUCACAAUGCAGUUUCUCUUCAGUCCACAACGCUUGAGUGUCGGUUUCUGCACCCUCCCCACCAACCCAUUCAAGGCAGACCUUGUGUCUGUACCAAAGGAGCUUGAGGACAUUAUGGCCGCUGUCACCUUGGACGGUGGCGACACCGAAGCGGUGAUGAAUCAGGCACUUGCUACCUACUUUUGUUUACCGCUAGAGAUCAUCGCGGCAAUGCGUCGUGAGUUUCAUCAUGAUGAGACGCACAUGCUUGCCAACGUCACAUUCCUAUUCAAUCUGGCUGCAGAGGACACGAAGCGUUUCGAGAGUGGUACUGUGACCCGCCGACUGAAGGGUGGAAAUCCACACGAUGAACUUUGGCUCGUUGACAAGGUUAAUUUUGGGACACCAAGAAUCAUAUGUGACCUUGAGUUGGCAAGAAGCACCUCUCCCGCAUGCCAGGACCUAAUUCACCAUUCAGUAUCACCCGAUGUGAGUUGUUUCAUGUCAUGCGAGUGCCGUGUAGAUUUUUUGCGGUACGUCAAGCACGUGGAGGCGGUUCGUGGCCCACGGAGUGGAUUCACGAUUGUCAAAAGUCCCUCUGUCUCUGACGAAGAAGCAGGUACUAUCAUAAAAUCUUUCUUUACCUUUUGUGAGGCCUUUCGAUACUCUGUGCGUGUGGUGGAUGAGUCAAAGCUUUCGUAUGAUCGGCAUGCAUCAAAGCUCUACGCUGGGACAGAGACAGGCCACAAACUACAUGUGGAUUUUUGUUUGUGUAUGACCGAGUGGCCAGAUAUUUUGGCUGCAGCUGCGAUCAACACAGGGAACCCCACGGGCCGCUCUGCCCUUCGCUGUGCCGCACUCGACUCCAACGCAGACGUGGUGUUUGCGAAGCCGCUUUGGUCCCUCCUCUGCACCGGCGAUGUCCACCAUACUGACAAUGCGGCAAAAAGCAUCAGUGUGAAAUUUUUCGAUAUCAGUCGCCGCAUUUACGAAUACGCGUCACCGAAGCAACCCCCAGAUGUAUGGGAGCGCGACGUGCACGAAUUUAAGGAUUCUUGCCGUCGCUGCCAUCUGGCCGACCCACCCUCAAAAGCGAUUGCUUCAGGAAGCUUCCGCGGAGAAACCGUUCUUGUGAACUUCGCCACAAGCUGUUGCACAGGGCGCGAGGCUGACGGAAGCAUAGCCGGGCUUAUGUACCUAUUUUGGUAA